UUUGUUAUGGGAAGAGACUUUGCUAGAUGCCUUGCUAAAUUUUUCUGCUACACCCAAAGGACUAUUUCUGCUUCACAGUACGGGUGUCUUGAAUGAUUGCGUGAACUUUAUGUUCAACAGUUUAUCAAAGAAACUCCAGACAAGUGAAUAUGAAGAGUUCAGUAACAGAGUGAUUGUUACACAAAUGGCAACAACACCACCAGGCGCAGUAGCUCUACAGACUUCAGGCUUUAUAAAGGCACUCAUAACUGAAUUAUGGGCUCUUUUGGAGUGUGGAAAAGAUGAUGUGAGGAUAACCCAACCCAAAUCUACUCCAGUUGACCCUAUUGACCGAAGCUGUCAGAAGUCUUUUCUGUCUCUGAUAAACUUGCUCACUUAUCCUGCAGUUUUUGAGCUCCUGAGUAAACAAGAUAUACCAAAUAAACCAGUGUAUUCGCUCCGCGAAGUACCUACGGAUAUUAUUGAUAUCAUUGACAGGCUUAUAAUAUUGAAUUCAGAAGCUAAAAUUCAUUCCUUAUUCAGUUAUGAACAAUCACAUAUCUUUGGUCUGAGAUUGUUAAACGUGCUGUGCUGUGAGCUCAAUACCCUUUUACUCUUGGAGACUCAGUAUAAAGUGUCACAAGUUUUACUAACUGCUCAGGAGGAAAAUGUCACAGAAACUUCAGAAGGACCAGGGGAUUUUAUAAUUGAUGGUCUAUCAGUGGAGAGAAACCAUGUUCUUGUUAGGAUAAAUCUUAUUGGAGGACCACAAGAAAGGAUUUUGCCUUCGAGAGUACUGGAUAAGGGCAAUGAUCCGUAUCCUUGGCCAAUGUUUUCAUCGUUCCCUUUGCCAAAGUGCUAUCUUACAGAAAUUCCUAGGAAAGCUGAAUUCAGACAAG